GGCAGCCAACCAAGCAGCCUUUGCGAUUUCGGUAGUGAACGGCAGGCACUCGUCCUGCGAUUCCUUCUGGCCGUGGUCUGUGCAAGUGCCCGAGACACCAACUGUCCUCCCUUUGGCCAGCGGCAGCUCGAACCGAGCCCUGCGAAGCUUCUCGGAUGCGACGUGUUCACAGCGUGGAAGAUCGCCGCAGCCUGGAGUUCAGACCAAGGGCAGAGGGCGGCAGAGGCCGAGAGUCGCAUCAUCUGGCUUGUUGACGAAUCAUCGCGGAUCGUCGUGCUCACCGGGGCUGGGGUCAGCACAGACUCGGGAAUUCCAGAUUUUCGAGGACCUGAUGGGCUUUGGACAAAGAAUCCAGGUGCAGAGGAGGCGUCCGACAUCUCCGUCUUUGUAAGCGAUGAGGGUGCUCGAAAAGCGUUCUGGCGCAUGAUGGUCUCCAUGCGUUCCGAUGGUCGCGUGCCGCAACCGAACGCUGGCCACCGUGCGCUGCUGCAUCUUGAGGAAAGAAGAAAGCUGCAGAAGCUGGUCACGCAGAACGUGGAUGGGCUCCACCAAGCAGCAGGAACAUCUGCAGAGUGCGUGGUGGAAGUGCAUGGCAGCAUGCAGGAGAGCUGCUGUCUUUCCUGCGGCGAACAGCGCCCCAUCGCUGAAGUUCUCGGUGAGGUGAUGUCUGGCUUCGAUGAUCCGCGAUGUUCUUGCGGAGGGCUACUGAAGGCGAAUGUGGUACUGUUUGGAGAAGCACUUCCGCCUCUUGCUCUGGCAAUGGCUUUUGAAGCUGCCCGCGACUGCGACCUUCUCAUGUGCAUCGGCAGCACCUUGUCGGUCUAUCCCGUUGCUGCCAUGGUUCCUGAAGCCAAAGAGUGCGGCGCCAAAUUGCUGAUCUUGAACCAGGGCCCGACGGAGUUUGACGAACUUGCCGACAUACGUCUUUCAGGCUCGAUCUCCAGCGUGCUCCCACAGAUCUGCGGUUGCGACUCGCGGCGCUUAGCAUCGACGCAGACCUUCAGAGAAACACCAGCAGCCCCUCAAGCAACAGCAGUGUGGCAAGCGGCAACAGCUCGAGCGCACUUAGCUCUGCUGCCGCAAGUUCCAGCAAUACUUCGAGCCGUGGGCUUAUGCCUGCAAGACGUGCUCAACAACGGCCUUGUGGAUGGCAAAAUCAGCACACUGUACUGGGCGGAGAUUGACAGGACCAUUGCAGCCGCAGGCCUCGUCACGCCUCAGCCACCGUCGCUGAACGAUCUUGGCCCGACUCCUACGCCGGACCCGUACACCUCCAUCUUGGGUGUCCAGAAGACUGCCUCAAGCGCGGAUGAUGCCACAGCCACAUUGGCAAACUACGAGCUUGUCACCCCGCCACCGCCUAUCCCGCCUCACGCGCCGAGUGUGCCGAAGGUGAGCGUCUUGCCCUACCAGAUGACUCUGGGCGCAGAGGUUCUGCGCGGAAUGUCUGAGAAGGUCACGCCAGAGCCCUUGCCUGCGCAGGCUUUCCCUCUCCCUUUCCUGGCCAUGGCAAACGAGUCUCCCAUCCGCUUCGCCUUCGCCUUUGGCAUGGCCUCCGGGCACAUCAACCCUUCCCUGCCGAUUGCUCGGGCUCUGGUCAAGCUGGGGCACGAGGUGCACUACCUCUCCCGAGAGCAGAUGCGGGCACCCAUCGAGGACACCGGGGCGCACUUCACCAACGAGCUGGAAGAGUGCCCGGAGCUCUACGAAGGCCGGAAGGAAGACCUCUUCGGUGCCACGGAAGCCCUGAAGCUGGAGCAUGGCCUGGAGGAGGAUCCCAUGAUGCUCUCCUGGGUCAAAUUGGCCCCGAUCUCCCUGGAGCUGGGGCUCCCAGGGGUUCUGCGCUGGAUGCAACGGCUGCAGCCGCAAGUCCUGGUCUUCUGUCCUAUGCUCAACAGGGAUGCCUUCUUCGCCGCCAAGAUUCUGGGCAUUCCCCGCGUCCCACUUCUGACCACGGCCGGCCCAGGCAGCAUGGUCUCCGUGAUAAAUCAGUUCCUGUCCUGGUCAGGGCUGUCGAUGCCAGAGAUCAUCGAACGUGCUCGGAAAUUCCCCGCCUCUGCCGAAGCCAUCCGACGUCUUGCGGACAUGGGCGUUAACUACGAGGCCGAGUUGGAGCUGAGUGCCAAGAGCCCCGGCGCAAUCGGCUGCAUGGUGCACAGCCCAAUAACCGUCGUGACCACCUGUGAAGACAUGCAAGAUCCGGUGCCGCCCGAACUGGAAGCAGUCUAUUCCUCGCAAGGCGCGAAGUUUGUCUAUGUCGGACCGCUCCUGGACCAGCAGGGUGCCCGGCGGGCCGCCGGCCACAAGUUCGCGCAGUUCGCGCACUCCGACUCCGAGAAGGCAGGAGAUUCGCCAAAAGAUGUUUUGGAGGAGCUGCGUGAUGCCCGGGAUGCGGGCCGAUUGAUUGUGCUGGCCAGCAUGGGGACGGUGAUCACCGGAGACAGUCCCGACUUCGGCUGGGCUGUCAAGCCCGUGGAGUCACAGAGACAGGGACUCACAGGCAAGCAGUUGUGCCAGGCGGCCUGGAGUGGUGUCUUCGAUGCUUUCGGUGCCAAAGAAGGAGACCUUCUGGAGAAGACCCCGUUGAUCUUGGUGUCAGUGGGCCCACAGAAAGAUGCCCUGGACAGCGUGAAGGUGCCUCCGAAUGCCAUCUGCAAGCCGGUCUUGCCACAGGUGGACCUUCUCAGAGCUGGCGUGGACAUCUUCUUGACGCAUGGGGGUCAGAACAGUUUCAUGGAGUCCCUCGCGGCGGGAGUCCCGGUCGUGGUAUGUCCCGGCUUCGCAGACCAGCCUGCAAACGCCCAGAAGGCCGCGGAGCUCCAAGUGGGGCUGCAGGUGACCCGGCCUGUCCCCGCCGAGGGCGAGGAGGAUGCUGCCACAGCUUCUUACACCACGUCCGUAGCGGAGGCCUUGCGCCGGGUACAGCAGGAGCCGGUCUUCCGCACAGCAGCCGCCGAGUGUGGCCGAAAGAUCACCGAGGCGGGGGGCGUCCAGAGGACCGUGGACAUCCUCCUCCAGACUGGAAGGGAGAGGUGGAAGCCCAAUGACCGCGGAGGUGUCGACUACAACGUGGACUCAGCUGUGACAGGGCCCGGCAGCGUGAACUUUGCUACGGUGACGGAGAAGUUCACCUUGAACUCGAACACCUUCGCCUUGUACAACUGCAUGAACGUCAUGCGCUACACCAUCGAGGAGACCAUCGUGAAGGUGGCGCACAUGGCUCCGGCGGCCCAGUCGACGGCCUCGGACCACGACCUGGGCGAGACGGCUCCGGCGGUCUUCUACCAGUACCUCAUCAAGCAUGCGAACGGUUCCCUGAUGGCGCAGACCUCUCAGUACCGUUUGCCGGAAACAGACAUCAACUUCACGUCCUUCAUUCCCGGCAGCUUGCAGACAGAUGUCUUUGCGAUGGCGAAGCGCCAGGGGCGCUGGGAGGGCACCGGAUGGCGCGAUUGCCGCACUCCUCAGAAGGGUUGGAACAUUUCCUUCCCUGAGAAGAAGGGGGACAAUUUGGUUGCCAUCGCCACAGUGCAGGAUUUGCAAGUAGCUGCCUUGGCAGUCUUGACCUUGCUCGCAUGGCGGGAAGAGACCGUCGGCUCAGACGGAUUUGAGCACGCAGGCAAGGAGUAA